AUGUUCAAAACACUGAGAGUUACAAAUAAAAAAUCAAACCAUGAAAAUGACUGCUCCAGUUUACCCUCUUCGCCACGGCUGCCAACCUCCGCUUCAGCAUCCGACACUGAUCCGUCGUCUACGUCAACAGAAUCAACUGAUGUCGAUACAUCUGAAUCAUUGCUUCCGGGAGUCAAAUUGCCAAGAACAGAGGCAGAAUGGACCGAAGCCAACGACUACUUUCGAAUCCAUCGAAGCGAUUUCUCAGAUUUCGGCAACUUGAACGACGACACGAUCAAAUUUCAAAAUUUUAUCUACAAUUAUUUCGCCACAAAUUAUGGUAUAAUUGAAUCCCCAUCCACCAUGAAAGGAAAUAAUUUGAAUAAAUCAAUUAAAAUUAAAAAAAAAAGUUAA